AUGACGAGCGUUGCACCAUUCCAGUUGUAUUGGACACUGCUGCACAGCAGUCAGCCCUUAGACACAGGAGAAAAGAACCUGCCUAGACACCCAGCGGUGGUCAGGGCUGAGAUAGAGCUGUUCGUUAACCGGCUUGACUCCGUGGAAUCUGUUCUUCCUUAUGAAUAUACAGCGUUUGAUUUUUGCCAAGCACCAGAAGGAAAACGCCCAUCUGAAAAUCUUGGUCAGGUAUUAUUCGGGGAGAGAAUUGAACCCUCACCAUAUAAGUUCACAUUUAAUAAGAUGGAAACCUGUAAGCUUGUUUGCACGAAAACAUACCAUACAGAGAAGGCUGAAGACAAACAAAAGUUAGACUUCUUGAAAAAAAGUAUGCUACUGAACUAUCAGCAUCACUGGAUUGUGGAUAAUAUGCCUGUAACGUGGUGUUAUGAUGUCGAAGAUGGUCAGAGGUUCUGUAACCCUGGAUUUCCCAUUGGCUGUUACAUUACAGACAAAGGUCAUGCAAAAGAUGCCUGUGUUAUCAAUUCAGAAUUCCAUGAAAGAGAUACUUUCUACAUCUUCAAUCAUGUUGACAUCAAAAUAUAUUAUCAUGUUGUUGAAACUGGGUCCAUGGGAGCAAGAUUAGUAGCUGCUAAACUUGAACCAAAAAGCUUCAAACAUACCCAUAUAGAUAAACCAGACUGCUCCGGACCCCCCAUGGACAUAAGCAACAAGGCUUCUGGGGAGAUCAAAAUUGCCUAUACUUACUCUGUUAGUUUUGAGGAAGAGAAAAUCAUCAGAUGGGCGUCUAGAUGGGACUAUAUUUUGGAGUCCAUGCCUCACACCCACAUUCAGUGGUUUAGCAUAAUGAACUCCUUGGUUAUUGUUCUGUUCUUAUCUGGAAUGGUAGCUAUGAUUAUGUUACGCACGCUGCAUAAAGAUAUUGCCAGAUAUAACCAGAUGGACUCUACGGAGGAUGCCCAGGAAGAAUUUGGCUGGAAACUAGUUCACGGGGAUAUAUUCCGUCCUCCAAGAAAGGGGAUGCUGCUGUCAGUCUUUCUAGGAUCCGGGACACAGAUUUUAAUUAUGACUUUUGUAACUCUGUUUUUUGCUUGUCUGGGAUUCUUGUCUCCUGCCAAUCGAGGAGCCCUGAUGACCUGUGCUGUGGUGUUGUGGGUGUUGCUGGGCACACCUGCUGGUUAUGUUGCUGCCAGAUUCUACAAAUCCUUUGGGGGCGAGAAGUGGAAAACAAAUGUUUUACUGACAUCAUUUCUUUGUCCUGGGAUUGUGUUUGCUGACUUCUUCAUAAUGAAUCUAAUCCUCUGGGGAGAAGGCUCUUCUGCAGCCAUCCCUUUCGGCACUCUGGUUGCCAUCUUGGCCCUUUGGUUCUGCAUAUCUGUGCCUUUGACGUUUAUUGGUGCAUACUUUGGCUUUAAGAAGAAUGCCAUUGAACAUCCAGUUAGAACCAAUCAGAUUCCUCGUCAGAUUCCUGAACAGUCAUUCUACACAAAGCCCUUGCCUGGUAUCGUCAUGGGGGGCAUUUUGCCCUUUGGCUGCAUCUUUAUACAGCUUUUCUUCAUUCUGAACAGCAUUUGGUCACAUCAGAUGUAUUACAUGUUUGGCUUCCUGUUUCUGGUGUUUAUCAUUUUGGUUAUUACAUGUUCUGAAGCAACCAUACUUCUUUGCUAUUUCCACCUAUGUGCGGAGGAUUAUCAUUGGCAGUGGCGUUCCUUCCUCACCAGUGGCUUCACUGCAGUCUACUUCUUAAUAUAUGCCAUACACUACUUCUUUUCGAAACUGCAGAUCACUGGAACAGCCAGCACAAUCCUGUACUUUGGUUAUACUAUGAUAAUGGUUUUGAUCUUCUUCCUUUUUACAGGAACAAUUGGCUUCUUUGCCUGCUUUUGGUUUGUCACCAAAAUAUACAGUGUGGUGAAGGUUGACUGAAGAAGCCCAGUGUGUCCAGUUAAAACAGAAAUAAACUAAAUCUUCAUCAACAAAGACCUGUUUUGUGACUACCUUGAAUUUUCUCAGACUUAUUGGCCUAGUAAUCCUUCAGAAACAGCAUACUUAAGAACACCUCUUCCCAUGCGCCUGUACCCACAAGAUGUAUUUCAACACUAAAGCGUUUGUAUUGUGAUUGGAUUAAGUAUGUAUUCAGUUGUUCUCAGUGAAGGGCAAAUUUAAAUAUUAUGUGCAUUUGUAAAUAUGAUAGCUAUAAACUUUUCAAUACUUCUAAUGGCAGAUUAGAGGAGGCCAUAAUACUCCUGAGAGACUGGACAGUUGAUUGUAAAUAGGAUUUUCUAGGCUCGGUAGGUGGAAAGAAUUAUUUUUCUUUGAAGGAAAUAACUUUUUAUCAUGGUAAUUUUGAAGGAUGAUUCCUAUGACAUGUUCACUGGGGGAAUGUGGCUUUUAAAAUCUUGUAUCGGUUGUAAUUGUUCAUAUCUUCUUACUCUUCUGUGUUGACUUCAUUAUUCCCAUGGUAUCGGCCUUUUAAACUAUGUGCCUCUGAGUCUUUGAAUUUAUAAAUUUGUUAUCUUAAUAAAUAUUAUAAAAAUGUC